UAGUUAAAAGCUCGAAACCGAGGACUCACCCAUCACGUGCAUAUGACAUGGCUCCGAAACAGUCCGGAGAUGAAUCCAGGGAAGUGAGCUGUGAGAACCAGAGCACUGGACUCAUGGAGAGGAUCCGGAAAUUCAUCCCCAAGGAUGUUCUUACCUGGCAGCUGGCCAAGACGUUGGCCAUGGGUCAGGGCCUGGCCUUGCUCAUCUGCGGGACGGCCAUCUCCUCCCAGUACCUGGCCACAGACUUCCAGGUGAACACGCCCAUGCUGCAAAGCUUCUUGAACUACUCUUUGCUGUGUGUCACCUACACGACCAUGCUGCUCUGCAGAACAGGGGAUGGCAAUAUCUUACAGAUUCUGAAGCGCCGAGGCUGGAAGUACCUUCUGCUCGGGCUGGUGGACGUGGAAGCCAACUACACUGUGGUUAAAGCAUACCAGUACACCACCCUCACCAGCGUACAGCUGCUGGACUGCUUUGUGGUGCCGGUCCUGAUGAUCCUGUCCUGGUGGGUUCUGAAGAUACGCUACAGGCUGGUCCACUACAUAGCAGUCUGCAUCUGUCUCCUCGGGGUGGGGGCCAUGGUGGGGGCCGACCUGCUGGCUGGACGAGACCAGGGCUCCACCUCAAACAUCCUGCUGGGUGAUGGUUUGGUGCUGCUCAGCGCGACGCUGUACGGCGUGUCCAACGUGUGCCAGGAGUACACAGUGAAGAACCUGAGCAGAGUGGAGUUCCUGGGCAUGCUCGGCCUCUUCGGCACAAUCAUCAGCACCGUACAGAUGGUGGUCCUGGAACGCAAUGAAGUUGCCAACAUUCAGUGGAGCUGGAAAGUCGGGUUCCUGUUCACUGCCUUUGCGUUGUGUAUGUACACUCUGUACAGCUGUAUGCCCUUAGUGAUGAAGUUGAGCAGCGCCACCGCCGUCAACCUCUCCAUGCUCACCGCUGACCUAUUCAGCCUCUUCUGUGGGAUCUUCCUCUUCCAGUAUGAUUUCUCCGGACUCUACCUGGUCUCGCUGGUGGUCAUCCUCAUUGGCUUCAUCACCUUCAACACAGUGCCAACGCCCGCUGCCCCCGCAGACCCCACCACCUCCCCGUCCUCCUCCAUCUGUGAGGAGGGACACGGCGGCAAUCCGGCGGCCCCUCAGACUGAAAUUGCCAAGCAGGAAGUGUCCGUCAGGAUCACCACCGAGGAGGGAGAGGAUGACGAAGGGGAGCGGCAGGCUAAGGUAGAGAAGAGGAGGAAGAGGAAGAAGAAGAGGAGAGCUUCAGGGUCGUCACAGAGCGACGGAGGAGGGAAAGAUGGUGCUGUUGCUGUCGGACACAGCACUAAAAUGUGAACAACAGCACAACAACCUGUUGAUAUAUCGUAUAUAUAUAUAUAUCUAUAUUUUUAAACACCCAUAUUUAUUGAAUGUUGCUUGUAUAGACAUGUAUAAAAUCCACAUGAAUGAGAGAAGAGUGGAAACAAAAGUGCAAAUGCAAACGUAAACAGUGGGACACAUUUCAUCCUUGAAAUGUAUAAAGCUACUGUUAUUGUUAUUGUUAUGAUGCUGAACAAUUAAAAGACAAAAUUUGAAAAAG